AUGUGUAUUUUGGGUUGGGGUGGUGGUGGUGGUGCGGAAAUGCAAGUGAAUUAUAUUUUGAGUUCUGGGUUGCUUUUUACCUUUCUGCCUUUGGUCACCAUUGAAAGCAAAUCACUUCGUUCCACCUCUGGCUGCUGUCAUAAAGGAACCCUAUCCAGAGCAACUGACAUACUCUUCAUUCAGGCUAUGAGAUUCAAAGCAUCCGUACCAGCAGACAGCAUCAAAAACACAAAAUUGCUCAAAAAGAAAACCAAAAAUCUAUUCAUGAAAAGCUGCCAAUUUCGAGAGCAACUGCUUUUUUUUUUCAUGGAAGACGUUCUUGGGAAGCUUCAGUUUCCAUCAAACAAGGAGACAGCCUUCAUUGAGGACUUUAAUAGCUUUGGAAAGAAACUGAAUCACUGUUUUCCAUGUGCUCCUUAUACUGGAGAGAUGAAGCCCAUUACCAGGAUUAAAAGAAUAUUUUACAAGAUUGGAAACAAGGGAGUCUACAAAGCCAUCAGUGAACUUGAUAUCCUUCUUCCUUGGAUAAAAAAUUACCUAGAUGGCAUAAAAUAA